GCGCGGCUGUUCUCUGGAGCGGCGUUCUUUUAUCUCCGUCUGCCUUCUCUCCUACCUAAGUGCGUGCCGCCACCCGAUGGAAGAUUCGAUGGACAUGGACAUGAGCCCCCUGAGGCCCCAGAACUAUCUUUUCGGUUGUGAACUAAAGGCCGACAAAGAUUAUCACUUUAAGGUGGAUAAUGAUGAAAAUGAGCACCAGUUAUCUUUAAGAACGGUCAGUUUAGGGGCUGGUGCAAAGGAUGAAUUGCACAUUGUUGAAGCAGAGGCAAUGAAUUACGAAGGCAGUCCAAUUAAAGUAACACUGGCAACUUUGAAAAUGUCUGUACAGCCAACGGUUUCCCUUGGGGGCUUUGAAAUAACACCACCAGUGGUCUUAAGGUUGAAGUGUGGUUCAGGGCCAGUGCAUAUUAGUGGACAGCACUUAGUAGCUGUGGAGGAAGAUGCAGAGUCAGAAGAUGAAGAGGAGGAGGAUGUGAAACUCUUAAGUAUAUCUGGAAAGCGGUCUGCCCCUGGAGGUGGUAGCAAGGUUCCACAGAAAAAAGUAAAACUUGCAGCUGAUGAAGAUGAUGAUGAUGAUGAUGAAGAUGAUGAUGAUGAAGAUGAUGAUGAUGAUGAUUUUGAUGAUGAGGAAGCUGAAGAAAAAGCGCCAGUGAAGAAAUCUAUACGAGAUACUCCAGCCAAAAAUGCACAAAAGUCAAAUCAGAAUGGAAAAGACUCAAAACCAUCAUCAACACCAAGAUCAAAAGGACAAGAAUCCUUCAAAAAACAGGAAAAAACUCCUAAAACACCAAAAGGACCUAGUUCUGUAGAAGACAUUAAAGCAAAAAUGCAAGCAAGUAUAGAAAAAGGUGGUUCUCUUCCCAAAGUGGAAGCCAAGUUCAUCAAUUAUGUGAAGAAUUGCUUCCGGAUGACUGACCAAGAGGCUAUUCAAGAUCUCUGGCAGUGGAGGAAGUCUCUUUAAGAAAAUAGUUUAAACAAUUUGUUAAAAAUUUUCCGUCUAAUUUCAUUUCUGUAACAGUUGAUAUCUGGCUGUCCUUUUUAUAAUGCAGAGUGAGAACUUUCCCUACCGUGUUUGAUAAAUGUUGUCCAGGUUCUAUUGCCAAGAAUGUGUUGUCCAAAAUGCCUGUUUAGUUUUUAAAGAUGGAACUCCACCCUUUGCUUGGUUUUAAGUAUGUAUGGAAUGUUAUGAUAGGACAUAGUAGUAGCGGUGGUCAGACAUGGAAAUGGUGGGGAGACAAAAAUAUACAUGUGAAAUAAAACUCAGUAUUUUAAUAAAGUA